AUGGCAACGUAUGGUGAGGAGCCAGUAGACAGUUAUUUCUAUUCAUCUUACAGACACCCCCGGCCCAAAGACGCGGGGUGGAAGUAUAAAAGCUACCUGUCCCAGUACGCGGACACUUCUUCGGACGCGUUCAACAACCACCAGCGCGCCCAGCUGAAGUCCAUCUUAUCUCAGAUCAACCCCAAACUCACCCCGAGGCUCCGGAAGGCCAACACCAAGGAUGUGUCGGUGCAGGUGAACCCGCGGAGAGACGCCACGGUGCAGUGCUCCAUCGGCCCGCGGACCCUGCUGGCCUGGAAGCGGGACUCCCGACGCAGGACGCAGCAGGAGCCCGGAAGCGGCGGCGGCAGUUACGGCGGAGGAAGCGGCAGCCCCAACGCGGCGGGCGGUGUGCGGUACCCGCGCACCCUCGCGGUGUAUUCACCCAUCGCCUACAGAAGCGUCACCUCCUUCCUGGUCGAUGAAAACAACAACAACGACAUUAAGGAGGCCUCGUGCGGUGACACGCAGACCGGUGACCCGCCGGACUCUGCGGGGAAACGCGAUGGAAAGACCGCGAAGCUCCGGGAGCCACGCGACAAGUCCAAGCUCGUGGAGAGCGACAAGCUGCUGCUCACUGCGGAGGGGUCAAAGGGCAAGGCGCGCGUGCGGUUCCAGUUCCUGGAACAGAAGUACGGAUAUUAUCACUGCAGAGGAUGCAACCUGCGAUGGGAGAGCGCCUAUGUGUGGUGCGUUCAGGGCACCAACAAGGUUUACUUCAAACAGUUCUGUAGGAAAUGCCAAAAGGACUUCAACCCGUACCGCGUGGAGGACAUCACGUGUCACACCUGCAACAAAGCGCGCUGUUCGUGCGCCGUAACGCAGCGCCACGUGGACCCCAAACGGCCUCACAGACAGGACCUGUGCGGCAGAUGCAAAGGGAAGCGUCUGUCCUGCGAGAGCACCUUCAGCUUCAAGUACAUCAUCUAGGAGACUUUCAAGACAACAUUCCACUUUGUUUGCACAAAAAACCCAUUUGUUUCAAAACUUUAUUUCAUGCCUGUUUUGUGUUGAUGGAUUUAAGCACCACACAAUUUUGCAAUGUAAUAAAUGGCUACCUUGCACUCUG